AUGGCCGAAGUCACCUCCCUCAAAUCCAGAAUCGGUCGUUUCGCAAACAAGUCGUGGAUAAAUCCCGACUUGCAGUCCAAAUCCAAGGCUUUGGCCACCGACGACGACGACGAGGAUGGUGUGGGACAUCACCAUCGAUAUCAUGCCACGGCCACAACAAAGGCCAAUUGGAACUCCCACCGCCAACACCAUCGUACCUUGGGAUACGAUAGCGAAGCUUCGAGCAGUAAUAGCGAUUCCCUCCCUCCACUCGCAUUGGGAGUAGGAGUUGGGAUAGGAGAAGAUGAAGGGGAGGUCAUCCGGGACCUCGUUGAUAAUGGCGAUGAAGAUGAGGAUGGGGAUGUGGAUACCCCUCCUCCACCACCGAGUUCCGGAAAUUCCGCAACGACGCCGAUGAAAAGACCGUUACUCGAGCGACUGGCUUCGUCAUCCAAUACGCUUUCGCUUUUGGAUAGAGUGGGCGUGCGGUCGGUUGAGGAUGGGUUGGACGAGGAUGUGGCUUCGUCCUCGGUUGCGUCGUCCAGGGCGAGCACGCCUGUCGGAAUUGGAGGGACGCUUCGUCAUGCCACCGCUUCUCCACAUGCGACGAGUCUUGGUGGACACAGUAUCAAUUUGGGAAGUACGCCAAAGGCGGGAAUAGCAAUGCGAAUAGGAGGGAGAUUGGGAUCUGGGAGUGUAUCCUCGACCAUCAUUGGGCGAGGGAAAGGUAUCUCCCAGGAAGUGUCCCAUUUGGAUUCGAAGAAAGGUUCCCUAAUGCGGGAACUGGCCUAUGAGAAGAAAUUCGACAAAUGCUCUGUCAUUGGUGAUUCCGCGUCUAUGAAUGUGGAUGAAGAAGGCAUUCCUGGCCUUUCAUCAUCAUCCACUGGUCCCAAGAAUUCAAACUCGAACUCAAAAUCAUUCGAAACUGGACCUAUUAAGGCCAAGUCAAUGACAACGUCGGCAACAAAGGAGGCCGUUUUGUCUAUUUCUACACCUGGCGGUGGUGGCGGGGAUGAAGGGAUCCCAGGCCUUUCAAGUACGAUGUUGUAUUCACUGCAAGGGACAGCACCAAUGGCAACUUCGGCCUGCCGUGGUUCACCUACUGUGGAAGCCACCCCGAGUCCUGCUGCCACAUCCGCGAUAUCCAUUCAGAACCAUACUCCCAAACCCGAGUUCAAAGCUCCAGUUUCCGGGUUAUUGUCGAAGACAAUCACGCGGACGCAGGUGGCUGGCGGUGUAACGAUGUUGCCCGCUGAGAAAAUUUCGUCGGACGAGUCAGCAAUGUCAGUGGAGGCGACCUCUUUGGAAUCUACCACGUCCCUCGCUCAGUCUGCAACCGCUUUGGCGGGAUCGGGAUUGGUCCCUGCUACCACGCGCGCAUCUGCAUCCACUUCUCCGUCAACGUCUACGUCGUCUGCUGCGACGACUUCAUCUGUCUCUACGCCUACCAGCACGUCUACGACUGUGGACAGCGUUGAAAAUACGAAAUCGAAUAACGUCGAUAUCGUGGCACCGUCCCAGGACUCAUUCGCGGCUGCGGACGCGUUUAUAAACAGUGUAAGAGAGCUGAUGAUUCCUAUCAUUGCAGGGAAUAUGGAAAGGCGAUUAGGAAACACCGCAGAGGAAGAAAGUGGCAUCGCUGCAGAAACAGACAAGCAAAAGGGGAACGCGACUCGAAUGGUAACAAGGACGCCACUGAAGGGCACGAUGCAAGAUUCGAAAGGGGGAAUUGAAGAUAUUCGAGAAAGGGCGAGGAAGGUUCUGCUUAGCGAUGAUGUGUGCCGGACAUUUGUUAGGCAUGCGCUUGAAGUUCAGAGGGGUGUUGCUGGGAUUGGGAGGCGGGAGGGCCAGGCUGAGGUGGGCGAUGAAAACAAUGAUGAAGGCAUGGAGAAAGAAGACCGUGAUUCGAAUUCGAUUGGACGACCCGGCUAUGCGAUGGGAGAAGAUAAAGACAAAGAGGAAGAUAAAGAAGUGCGGCAACGAGGCGAUCGUGAGGAUGUGAUGAUGGUGGGAGGAGAGGCACGAGGAGUGAUCGAUGGAGAUAGGACAGCGAAGAGUUUGGACCUUGCUAGUCGACCUUGUUCUGCACUUUCAGCAGCUGCGACGACUGUGCCUGUGGUGUCGUCGACUGCAAAGGGUGCGAUAUCAACCUUGACUGCGGGGACGAGUGCGACCACAACUUCGAUCCCGUCUUUGACUGCGAUCACCACUUCGGCUGCGGGCAGGAAUACCAGUGCAAGCGCAAGUACGAGUACGAUUGCAGUAGCGCCAGAAUCGGGAUCGACAUCGACGAUGGUGGUAUCGAUGGGAUCAAGACGACCGCCGCCGAAUUUGAAGAUAUCUGAACAUCGUCCUCUCCCUACUGGAACGCGAGCUGGGAGGGAGGGAGUGGCUCUGGAACAUGAGAGUCGAAAUUAUCCUGGAUGCCACCGAUUAUCGAAUCCGCCGUGUUCUGCUUCGUCGGGUUCUUCGAGUGCGUGGUAUAAAGGGAAGGGGAAGAUGGGUGAGAGGGAGGGUAGGGAGAGAGAAAGGGAGUAUUCUCCCGCUGAGAGUUAUCGGAGGAGAAGGGAUUCGAGGGAUUGGUCUCCUGGGGAAAGGGAGAGGGAGAGGGAGAGGAGGUCUAAAUCCAGAUCGCCUUCGAGGCGGGAUUACUAUGGGUCGGAGAAGUAUGGGUAUGGGAAGUCGCCGCCUCCUGGGGGUCGGUUACGGGAUAAUGACAGGGAGAAGGAAGAGGAGAGAGGUUGGGAGAGCUAUAGAGAAAGAAAGUCUAGGGGCCGGGAUUGGUCUCCUUUGCGCAGGGAGAGGAGGGGUUCUGGUCGGUUCAAUUCACCACCGUUGUCUGCUUCUUCUUCAAGGAGGCGUUCGUGGUCUCCGUAUAAACCUGGAUCGAGGUAUCGGUCCCGGGAGAGGAGUAGGAGCAGGAGCAGGGGUCGUAGUAGGAGUCGUAGUAGGAGUCGGAGUAGGGGCAGGAGCAGAGGUCGGAGUAGGAGUAGGAGAGGAUGCAGGAGUAGGAGCAGGAGUAGAAGCAGGAGCAGGAGUAGGAGUAGACCGAGAGACAAGGACGACAGAUACAGAGCGGGAGAACGCGACGGAGAUCAGCCAACGCGACCACCGAAACGAAGGCAUUAUUCCCCUGUUAAGAGGGAGGGCGAGCCGAGGGGGUGGACAAAAUCCCCGCCUCCGCGUCGUGCACGCCGUCCCCCGCCACCAAAUGCGACGGUUAUUGAUGUUGAUGCGUUUGAUGCUGGAGAGGGGAGUGGGAGGUGGAGUGAGGGUAGUAGGUUUGGGGCGAAGAGGACUAGGAGGGGGUGGUCGCCUGGGUAUGGAAGGGAGAGGGAGUAUGGUGGUAGUGGUGGUGGGAGGAUGAAGCAGGAGGAGGGGGAGGUGAAUUUUUGGGGCACGGGAGGUGGAUAUCGAGGGUAUAGAGGACGAGGGCGGGGAAGGGGAAGGGGAAGAGGAUGGGGUGGCUAUAGGAGGGGCUCGUAUCGAAGAUCCUCGCCUGUAUAUGUCAGCAGUCGGUCGCCGUCGCCUUCGUCGAAUUCGAGGUAUCAGCGACCACGCUGGGAAGAUCGACGGGAGAGUUAUGGACAUGGCGGUGGAUAUCGCCCGCAGCAUAGUCCGCCUUCGAGUCCAAGGAUCAAGCGAGAGGAGGUGGAGGAUGAGGGGUUGUUGCAACAUGGGUUCUAUUCCAACGACGCCGAGGCCAACGCUCACACCUAUGUCAAUGGAAAUGCUCACGUUGAUGGGAACGCGAAUGGGAAUGGGAAGUCGAGUUUCGAAAUGAUGUUGGAGAGGGAGAUGGAGGAGGAGGAUCGGAAGCCUGAUAUUAGAGCUUUGGAGCGGUUGGUUGGUGAGAUGAGGGAGAGUGGGAGUGGUGGUGGGUCUGGUGGUGAAGUGGGUGUGGGCGCUGAUGAGGGGAGAGCACAGUCCGAGUCGGCAAUGUCCAUGGCGAUGUCGAUUUCGACGGCAGAGGAAGGAGAGGUGCGCGAGCCUGCAAGUCGCCGGGUUCAACGGGAUCACGGCGGGCUUCAUCCUGCAACGGGGCGACAAAGGCAAAGUGCUUCAAACGCGGAAAGUCAAGGGCCACUGGGUGGAUCUCAAAUUCAAGACCAUGCCCCAGGACGAAAAGAAAUUUCGGAGCGGGAUGUCCCUGCAAGGUUCAAGUCGCCCCUCUGCGAUUCACCGGAGCCAUUCUCUGCUGAAGACGGGCAGCCAACGACUGGUAAUGUGCCGAAUGAACAAAACAUGUCCAUGGAUGUGGAUGGACAUCAUCAAGAUAGUGCAGGACGCUACGAAGAUGACCAAGAAUAUGUUCAGCAGCCAAACGAGCAUAACCCAGUAAUGCCAGAACCGCAACCGAUUGUGCCCUGUCAUUUUGUCCCUGGUGUCUGGUACAUCCAGACCGGCUCCCCAAUGCUCAUCAACACGAUGCAUUGUCCUUUCGUGAUUGAUGAUGUUACGGCGACGAAAUGGGGCAUUGGGCCUUCAUCGAGUUCCGAAAGUAGGGCCGCAAAAGCAUCGGUGUCUUCAAGCCUUGAGGAGACAAAGCUUGUUCUGCGGUUACUCAGCUUCGACACCAAUCGGUUGAACGAAAGGCUCGGUUCGCUCAAUCACGACGCGAGUCUUACCGACAUUGCACUUGCGAUGAACGAAGUCGAGCAAUCCUGGCCUCAAGCCCAAGAUUACAUGGUCGUGAUCAAUCAGGAUACGCCGCAAGAGAGGAUAUGGGCGCCUAAACAUUUGCCGACGGGAAGAGGACUUGACAAGACGAUUCGGUUGGAAGGAUACGUCAACCCGGGUGAAAAUGUGUUGAGGAUCAUUCAGUUGAAUGAUCUCUCGAGGUUUACAUUUGUUAUACUUGCGGAUGAACAGCCUAUCGUGAAGAGGGAGGAUACGGAGAUGGAUGUGGAUUUGAAAGUCGAGGGAAUGUGA